AUGCAGAGUACGCAGAACACGCCGCCCACAAUCGCUGCAACGGGCAGCCCUCGUCCACCCUCCUCGUCGGCGCUCGGCGGCGCGCUCGGCGACCACGAGCCGUCGCAAUUGCUGCUCGCGCUGGUGCUCGGAGCCCCGCAACCGAAAAACCAGCCCGACGCCCAAGCCUGUCCGCCGCCACCGCAGUUGCUGUCAUAG